GUUUUCUGAAGUGAAGAUUCACUUUUGAAGAUGUUUAAUAAAUCAUUUGGAACACCCUUUGGGGGUGGUACAGGUGGCUUUGGCACAACUUCGACAUUCGGACAGAAUACUGGCUUUGGCACUACUAGUGGAGGAGCAUUUGGAACAUCUGCAUUUGGUUCUAGCAACAGUACUGGAAGCCUCUUUGGAAAUUCACAGACCAAACCAGCAGGAUUAUUUGGUACAAGUUCAUUUAACCAGCCAGCUACAUCCACAAGUACCGGUUUUGGUUUUGGCACAUCAACAGGAACAUCAAAUAGUUUAUUUGGAACUGCAAGUACAGGGACUAGUCUCUUCUCAUCCCAGAACAAUGCUUUUGCACAAAAUAAACCCACUGGCUUUGGAAACUUUGGAACAAGUACUAGCAGUGGUGGCCUUUUUGGAACUACAAAUACCACUUCUAACCCUUUUGGUAGCUCCUCUGGCUCUCUCUUUGGGCCAAGCAGUUUUACAGCUGCACCUACUGGCACUACAAUUAAAUUUAAUCCUCCAACUGGUACAGAUACUAUGGUUAAAGCGGGAGUUAGCACUAACAUCAGUACCAAGCACCAAUGUAUUACUGCUAUGAAAGAAUAUGAAAGCAAAUCCUUAGAGGAACUUCGUUUAGAGGAUUAUCAGGCUAAUCGGAAAGGCCCACAGAACCAGGUGGGAGCAGGUGGCACAACUGGCUUAUUUGGAUCUUCUCCAGCUACUUCAACUGCAACAGGCCUCUUCAGUUCUUCUACCACUAAUUCAGGUUUUUCGUAUGGUCAGAACAAAACAACAGGCUUUGGAACUAGUACAACUGGAUUUGGGACAAAUCCAGGUGGCUUAUUUGGUCAGCCGAACCCACAGACUACCAGCCUCUUCAGCAAACCAUUUGGCCAGCCCACAUCUACCCCAAAUACUGGUUUUUCCUUUGGUACUACCAGCACACUAGGACAGACAACCACCAAUCCCAUGGGUUUAUUUGGAGGAACCCAAGCUUCACAACCUGGAAGUCUUUUUGGAACAGCUACAAACACCAGCACUGGGACACCAUUUGGAACCGGAACAAAUCUCUUUGGGCAGACCAGUACUGCAUUUGGUGCUGUUGGUUCGACCCUGUUUGGCAAUAACAAGCUUACUACAUUUGGAACCAGCACAACCAGUGCUCCUUCAUUUGGUACAGCCAAUGGCGGGAUCUUUGGUAACAAACCAACCCUGACUUUAGGAACCAAUACAAACACUUCCAAUUUUGGUUUUGGCACAAAUACUGGUGGAACAACUCUUUUUGGAAAUAAAACGGGACCUGGGACUCUGGGAACUGGACUUAGUACCGGAUUUGGAACAGCUCUUGGUGCUGGACAGGCUUCAUUGUUUGGGAAUAACCAAUCUAAGAUUGGAGGGCCUCUUGGUACAGGAGCCUUUGGGGCUACUGGAUUUAAUCCUGCAACAGCAACUUUGGGCUCUGGAGCCCAACAAGCCCCAGUAGCUUUGACAGAUCCAAAUGCCUCUGCUGCCCAGCAGGCUGUUCUCCAACAGCACAUCAAUAGUCUGACAUACUCACCUUUUGGAGACUCUCCUCUGUUCCGCAAUCCCAUGUCAGACCCAAAGAAGAAAGAAGAGAGAUUGAAACCAACAAAUCCAGCAGCCCAGAAGGCUCUCACUACACCCACUCACUAUAAGCUAACACCCCGUCCUGCUACCAGAGUUCGACCAAAAGCUUUACAAACCACAGGCACAGCCAAGUCACACCUUUUUGAUGGACUUGAUGAUGAUGAACCAUCCUUAGCCAACGGAGCAUUCAUGCCCAAAAAGAGCAUUAAGAAGUUGGUUUUGAAAAAUCUUAACAAUAGCAGUCUCUUUUCACCUGUUAAUCGUGAUUCAGAAGAUCUCUCUUCGCCGGCUGAAUUCCCAGAAAAUGGAGAGAGAUUUAAUUUCCUGAACAAACCUGUUGAUGAGAAUCAUCAGCAGGAUGGAGAUGAUGAUUCUCUUGUAUCACGUUUUUAUACUAACCCUAUUGCCAAACCGAUACCUCAAACCCCAGAGAGUGCUGGAAAUAAACACAACAGCAGUAGUGGUGUGGAUGAUACCAUAGUUGCAUUAAAUAUGCGUGCUGCCUUGCGAAAUGGACUGGAAGGAAGCAGUGAAGAGACCUCUUUUCAUGAGGAGUCACUGCAGGAUGACCGAGAAGAAAUAGAAAAUAAUACUUACCAUAUGCACCCAGCAGGUAUUAUUCUUACCAAGGUUGGUUACUAUACUAUUCCAUCUAUGGAUGACCUUGCUAAAAUUACUAAUGAUAAAGGAGAAUGUAUUGUUUCUGACUUCACCAUUGGUCGUAAAGGGUAUGGCUCAAUCUAUUUUGAAGGAGAUGUGAACUUGACAAAUCUAAAUUUGGAUGAUAUUGUACAUAUACGACGGAAAGAAGUGAUUGUGUACUUAGAUGAUAAUCAGAAACCACCUGUGGGUGAAGGGCUAAAUAGGAAGGCUGAAGUUACAUUGGAUGGAGUUUGGCCAACUGAUAAAACAUCUCGUUGUUUAAUAAAGAGCCCAGAUCGGCUUGCUGAUAUCAACUAUGAGGGAAGAUUGGAAGCAGUUUCAAGGAAACAGGGAGCUCAGUUCAAAGAGUAUCGUCCUGAAACUGGUUCAUGGGUGUUUAAGGUUUCCCAUUUUUCUAAGUACGGCCUUCAGGAUUCUGAUGAAGAGGAGGAGGAACGGCCUUCUAAAGCCUGUGCCAAGAAGUUGAAGACUGCCCCUUUGCCUCCUGCAGGCCAGACUGCCCCAUUCCAGAUGUCCCUUAAUGGCAAACCAGCACCACCACCCCAGAGUCAGAGUCCAGAGGUGGAACAGUUAGGGAGAGUUGUGGAACUGGACAGUGACAUGAUAGAUAUCACCCAGGAGCCAGUUUUGGAUUCUAUGUUAGAAGAGAUCAUACCUGAGGAUCAGGAACCUGUGUCUGCCUCAACACACAUUGCAUCUUCACUGGGAAUUAAUCCACAUGUUUUACAGAUCAUGAAAGCAUCAUUGCUUGCUGAUGAAGAGGAUGUAGAUAUGAUCCUGGAUCAACGAUUCAAUCGCCUUCCUUCUAAAGCAGAUACUUCUCAAGAAAUCUGUUCUCCCAGACUUCCCAUUUCAGCAUCUCACUCAUCAAAAUCCCGUUCCUUAGUUGGUGGAUUACUGCAAUCAAAAUUUACAAGUAGAGCUUUUCUUUCACCAAGUGCCUCUGUGCAAGAAAGUCGUACUCACCGAGCAUCAUCUUUGAAGAAUAUCCCAUCCAUAUCACCCUGGUCUGUCCCGCCACCUCUGACCUCUGUGUUAACAGUGCCAAGCCCAGCCCCCGAGAUUCAGUUGAAAACAGUGGGCACACGCAGACAUCCAGGCCUUGUCCCUCUUGAAAAAUCUAUCACCUAUGGCAAAGGAAAAUUAUUGAUGGACAUGGCUCUGUUUAUGGGACGCUCAUUUCGGGUUGGUUGGGGCCCCAACUGGACUCUCGCUAAUAGUGGCCAACACCUGAGUGACUCAUCUGAACUGGAAAAUCAACAGAUUACUGACUCUGUGGAAUAUGGAUUUCUGCCGAAUCCAGUAGCUGUUAAAUCCCUGACUGAGUCUCCAUUCAAGGUUCAUUUGGAGAAGCUCAGUUUGAGACAAAAGAAACUGGAGGAAGACCAGCAGUUAUACCAGAUACCCCUGGAGCUCAAACUAAAACAUAGCACUGUCCAUGUGGAUGAGUUGUGUCCUCUUAUUGUCCCUAACACAGGAGUUGCUGUCAUUCAUGACUAUGCAGAUUGGGUUAAGGAAGCAGCAGCAGACUUACCAGAAGCACAGAUUGUGAAGCACUGGAGCUUAACCUGGACAUUAUGUGAAGCUCUGUGGGGCCACCUGAAGGAACUUGACUGUCAGCUGGAAGAGCCCAGUGACUAUAUUCAGAUUCUUGAGCGAAGAAGAGCUUUCUCGCGCUGGCUUUCUCAGACAGCUGCACCUCAAAUUGAGGAGGAAGUCUCCUUAACCAGAAAAGACAAUCCUGUGGAAGCUGUUUUCAGCUAUCUCACGGGCAAGAGGAUCAGUGAGGCCUGUUCUCUGGCCCAGCAGUCAGGUGAUCAUCGUCUUGCUCUUCUUUUGUCUCAGCUGGUUGGCAGUCAGUCGGUUCGAGAGCUGCUUACCAUGCAGCUGGUGGAUUGGCAUCAGCUCCAGGCUGACAGCUUCAUUCAGGAUGAGAGACUGCGCAUUUAUGCUUUGUUGGCUGGAAAACCGGUUUGGCAGCUCUCAGAGCAGAAGCAAAUCAAUGUGUGCUCUCUGUUGGACUGGAAACGCUCCCUGGCUGUUCAUCUUUGGUAUUUGCUUCCACCAACAGCCUCCAUUUCCAGAGCACUCAGCAUGUAUGAAGAAGCUUUUCAGAAUACCUCUCAAAGUGACAGUUAUGCCUGCCCCCCACUUCCUUCAUACCUGGAGGGUUCCGGUUGUGUGAUAGAAGAGAAACAGGACUCAAGGCCACUUCAAGAUGUCUGUUUUCAUCUUCUAAAACUGUACAGUGACAGGCAUUAUGAACUCAAUCAGUUGCUGGAACCUCGAAGCAUAACAGCAGACCCUUUAGACUACCGCCUAAGCUGGCAUUUGUGGGAGGUGCUCCGGGCGCUUAACUAUAAGCAUCUGUCAGAGCAAUGUGAAGGCAUACUGCAUGCCAGUUAUGCUGGCCAAUUAGAAAAUGAGGGACUCUGGGAGUGGGCCAUCUUUGUCCUCCUGCACAUUAACAACUCAAGCAUGCGUGAGAAGGCUGUUCGAGAGUUACUUACUCGGCACUGCCAACUGGUGGAAACCCCCGAAUCAUGGGCUAAAGAAACUUUUCUGACCCAGAAGCUUUGUGUGCCUGCCGAAUGGAUUCAUGAAGCCAAAGCUGUUCGUGCACACAUGGAAUGUGACCGACACUUGGAGGCCCUCUAUUUAUUUAAAGCCGGACACUGGAAUCACUGCCACAAACUUAUCAUUCGGUACUUAGCUUCUGAUGCCAUCAUUAAUGAGAACUAUGACUACCUGAAGGGGUUUUUGGAAGACCUGGCACCUCCAGAACGCAGUAGUCUAAUCCAAGACUGGGAAACAUCUGGGCUUGUUUAUCUAGACUAUAUACGGAUUAUGGAAAUGCUACAACAUAUACAACAGGAGGAAUGUUCAAGUUAUGAGCUGGAGCAGUUAAAUACCAAAGUGACCUCUCUGUGCAUCAGGAUAGAGCAAAUCCAUUGUUACAAUGUAAAGGACCGCCUGGCUCAGUCAGAUAUGGCCAAACGUAUAGCCAACCUGCUUCGUGUCGUACUGAGCCUUCAGCUUACUACCCCUGAUGUAGCCUCUGAUUCAAUACCAGAUCAUCGACAAGUUCCUUUGCGCCUUUUGGCUCCCCACAUUGGCCGGCUCCCCCUGCCUGAAGACUAUGCCUUGGAGGAACUACGCAGCCUCACACAGUCCUACCUUCGGGAACUGACUGUUGGGAGCCAAUGAGUCCUAGGCUCCUCCCGCUGCACUCACAUGCUCUUUCACACUCACCACCUGGAGAUUUGCAUUGAACUGACUGGCAUUGUUUGACUGUGUGGAUUGGCUAUGGACUCCACCUCCUCUCACUGCUGCCCCAAGCAGCAUCCUCCGGUUGUUCAGGGCUUUUCUUAAUAUAGAACAUGGCAUAAGGGCUUUUGGAACCCAAAAAAGAGGCCACAUCUCUUCACCAUCCUUAAGACCAUUUUCUUUCUCCUUUUUUUCCUCUUUAAAAAUUGUCAAUAAAAAACCUUUGACAGACUCCCAGCCAAAAAGCCAGGGAAUCCUUUCCACCCUGGGCCAUCAUGGAUCUUCAUGACCAUUCAUGCCAACCUGUUAACACCUUAUUAGCACGGGUGAUGGGACACAUAAAUUAAUGUAGGACUGUUCUUUUUUACAGAUGAAUUAUGCAGGGGAGGGAGGAGAAUAUGACUUUUAAGGUGGUUGCUGAUUUAAUACGGAAUUU